UAGUUAAGAAACGGAGCGAGACUGGUUUGAAAUUGCACAUCCCCAGAGCGAUGGUGUACAUGCUGCUUUACUCGUAAGCUGUUAGAUCUCGACAGGGUGAAACUCUCCAACUAAUGCAGCGGCAGAGUAGUUAGCGGUCGAAGUGCCACGCCUUUUUGUGUCAUAUACUCGGGAUCGGAAAUUUUCGCUACGGUAUUUCUAAAAUACAGGGCAAGAAGGGCUAUGAGAAACUCUUUGUGGGACUGAAAAAAAUGUAACAAGAACCAGAUGUUGGGGAUGUCCAUCGGAAAACUCCUAGCCAAUCACGGCCCCUCAAAGUUCUUGGCGCCCCCGCCCACUUUGGCGAGAUACUUCUCCGCAGGUCAGGGUGCAAAUUGUUCUUGACUUACGAUUUCAGCGCUUGACUCGCUGUGUAAAUGUGGGCAGUCCCUGACGACCCUCUUUUUCAGCUGUAGUCCCAACUCCGUUAUCUCCUCUUUUCCCAGCGUGUCUGUGGUGCUGCUGCUGUUUCCCGUAUUCCGUCGGAGACUGAGAGAUGUACCUCAAAGUUGGACUUUUUCAUUUCCAGCUCUUAUGCGCUGGCUUUUUAGUGACAGCGAUUCAAAGGGAAGAUCUUUUUCCCUAUGGACCGGGAAGUGGCGAUUCGGUUCUGCAGGAUGGAGACGACGAGACGUCCGAGGUGGUCAAGCUGGAAAGACGCUUGUACUUCUAUGAAGCAGAGUUUAGCGACCUCUAUGUUGGCACCAAUGGAAUCAUCUCAAUGCAGGAUUUUCCUCGGGAGACCCAAUAUGUGGAUGAUGGCUUCCCUACUGAAUUCCCUGUAAUUGCCCCUUUCCUAGCUGAUAUCGAUACAAGCGAAGGGAAAGGAAAAAUCUACUACCGUGUAGACAGUUCAGCAGAGGUGCUUGAGAGAGCUGCACUGGAGGUCAAGAGGGGCUUUCCAGAGACAACCUUCAAACCGAGCCAUGUAUUCAUUGUGACUUGGGACAGAGUGGGGCUCUAUGAGGAACCAACAAGGAAUUCUGGACCCUCCAACAGGGUGAACACUUUCCAGGCAGUGCUCCCAUACGAUGGCACAGAUACCUAUGCUCUAUUCCUUUAUCCAGAAAAUGAGCUGCACUUUUUUGGAACCCGGCCCAAAGAGUCCUAUAAUGUGCAGCUGGAACUGCCAGCCCGUGUGGGCUUCAGUCGAGGAGAGUUGGUUAAUCUACGGCGAGAUGGGCCAUUCUACAGCCUGACUGGCAGCGAACAGACAGUCAAGAACCUCUACCAGGUGGGAAAUGCUGGAGUACCAGGGCUGUGGAUCUUCCACAUUGGAAGCAGCUUUCCUUUCGAUAAUGUGGUUCCUCCUGAAAUAGCUACACAUACAUCAGGUGGACCAACUGUGGUGUCCCUGGACAGAGCUCUUAGUCACCCGGGACAAGAUAGCCUGUUUGAUGGUAAUAUUGAUUCUGAGUCUGAAGAGUACAAUGUGGAUCCUAACUAUGACGAUGAGGAAGAGGAGUUUCCUAGUCCAUCUCUGCCAGACCAGCCUACUGCAGAAGGGCAUGAGUUUCCAUAUGAGUCUUUACCAAAACCUCUAACGACUGAGUCUCCUUUGCCAGUUCCUUACCCUCACUCAGAUUUUGGCAGUCUCCCAGAAGAUGAGACACUGAAACAUGAUUUAGCCUUAUCAACCACUGAAAAACAGGGAGAUGUCUUCCCUGAAGAAACCACACAGUCUCCAGCUGGUCACAGCGCCACCUAUCUGGCAUCUCCAGGCCCCAUGGUUGAGGUGCCAACUGAGACAGAUAUACCUGCAAUAUACCCAGAAGAAGAAAUCAUAUCCCUAGUCCAUGCAAAACCACCAAGUGCAAAGAAUCGGCAUGUGGUCACUGUUGAUGAGGAAGUGAAUUUUGAUACUGGCGUAUUUGUGUACACAACGGAGAACAAGGAGACAUGUGCUCAAUUUGAGCGUCAGUGUUCGCAGCAUGGAUAUUGCACAGACUACUCCUCAGGCUUCUGCUGUCACUGCACAUCUGGCUACUAUGGAAAUGGGAGACACUGUCUGCCGGAAGGUGUGCCACACCGCGUCAAUGGAAAAGUGAGUGGCCAAAUAUCGGUUGGCAUUUCUCAGGUGGACCUUUCCAACAUGGACCUCCAUGCCUAUGUUGUUGUGAGUGAUGGCAGGGCCUACACUGCAAUCAGCCAUGUGCCUGAACCAGCCGGCUGGGCACUGAUGCCUGUGUCAACCAUUGGGGGAUUGUUUGGCUGGCUGUUUGCUCUGGAGUUGCCCGACCAUGAAAAUGGAUUCAGCAUUGCAGGUGCCAUCUUUACACGGUAUGCUGAGAUCACCUUCUAUCCAGGGAAUGAAAAGCUUAGAGUAACCCAGGAAGUGAAGGGACUAGAUGCCGAAAAUCACCUCACUGUCCAUACCCAGAUUCAUGGACAUGUUCCUUUUGUACCUCCGGGUGCCACUGUGCAGAUUGAACCAUUCAAGGAAAUUUAUCACUAUCAUCCAUCAGUGGUGACAUCGACAUCAACUCAAGAGUACAAAGUGAUAUCUGCAGGAGGCCACUCAGAGACGUUUUCAUACCGCAUCAGCCAGAACAUUUCAUAUCAUGAUUGUCGUCACGCACCAAAAACAGUUCCUGAUGCCCAACAGCUUCGUUUGGAGCGUGUCUUUGUUUUGUACAGUAAGGAUGAGCAAGUGCUGCGAUAUGCUAUCACCAACCAGAUUGGACCCGUUGGAGGAGAUCCCAAACCUGUUGUGGAGAAUCCCUGCUACAGUGGCACUCAUGAGUGUGACAUGACAGCCCAGUGCAUCCCAGGAGAUGGACUGCAGUACCAGUGUCAGUGUGCCACUGGGUAUAGGGGAGAUGGCACCAACUGCUUUGAUAUUGAUGAGUGUGCUGAGGCCCUAGUCAGCUGUGGAAGUCAAGCCUUGUGCAUCAACUUACAGGGAACUCACCGAUGUGAGUGUCAGAGAGGUUAUGAAUUUGCUUCUGAUGGCAGGACUUGCGUUGAUGUGGACGAAUGCAACCAUCACAACUGCCACCCCCAUGCCACGUGUCACAACACGCCUGGAUCUUACAACUGCCGGUGCCUUGGAGGGUAUGAUGGAGACGGAUUCCAGUGCACGCCACAUCCUGAGGUCACAUCCCGGCCCAAAACGACCUGUGAACAACACCGAGACAGCUUGCUGGUAGCCCGACCCGGUGUAGGAGCCUACAUUCCUCAAUGUGAUGAAGAAGGUAGUUAUCAGCCACUGCAGUGCCAUGGCUCUACAGGCUACUGCUGGUGUGUGGACAGCCGGGGCCAGCAGCGCCCAGGAACAAGAACAUCCCCUGGAAAGGCACCACCUCGCUGUGAGCUGCCAGAUGUUCCAUCUCGUCUAAAAACUGCAUGUGAGCAGCAUAGAGACAAUUUACAGGCUGAGCUGAAUCAAAGAGGGUCACAGCCCAUUGUGGGAGCCUACAUACCCCAGUGUGAUGAAGAGGGCAACUACAGACCCCUACAGUGUCACGGCUCUACAGGCUACUGUUGGUGUGUAGACAGCAGGGGUCAAGAACUUCCUGGGACAAGGACCCCCCCUGGCUCCACACUAUCUGUCUGUGUAGUGCCAGUACCCUCUCGCCCCAAGACUGCAUGUGAACAUCACAGGGACAGCCUGCAAUCAGAACUAAGCCCUCGUGGAGCGCGGCCUAGCCUGGGUAUGUACAUACCCCAGUGUGAUGAAAAUGGAAAUUACAGACCUCUACAGUGCCAUGGUUCAACCGGUUACUGUUGGUGUGUGGACAGUAGGGGGCAGGAGCGCCCCGGGACAAGAACACCCCCUGGCAUGGCCUCGGCUCGUUGUGAUCAUCACGAGACCACACAACGACCUAAGACUGCAUGUGAGCAACACAGAGACAGACUGCUAGCUGAGCAAAACUCUCAGGAGGGAAUCCCAUUCGAAGGAGUCUACAUACCCCAGUGUGAUGAGGCUGGCAGUUACAGACCCCUACAGUGCCACGAAUCUACUAGCCAUUGCUGGUGUGUGGACGCUAAAGGCCAAGAGAGGCCUGGGACAAGAACUUACCCAGGAACUUCCCCUGCCAAUUGUGAUCAACCAGCUGCUACAUCCCGCCCUAAAACCGCCUGUGAGCGACACCGAGACACAUUACUGGCACAACUUAGUACACAGGGGAGGCUGGCCUUUUUGGGAGCUUAUAUCCCCCAGUGUGAAGAAGAUGGAAGUUUCCAGCCUCUGCAGUGUCAUGGCUCCACGGGUCACUGCUGGUGUGUGGACAGCACUGGAGUGGAACGCCCUGGGACUAGGACUGUUCCUGGAACUCCACCAGUAAACUGCAACCAGCCAGAACCAACUCAGCGACCAGCAACAAUGUGUGAGCGCUGGAGGAGCAGUCUGCUGGAGCACUAUGGGGGUCAGCCUGCUCCACACCAUUAUAUCCCACAGUGUGAUGACUUGGGAAACUUCAGCCCUCUGCAGUGCUAUGGGGACAACAGUUACUGCUGGUGUGUGGAUGCGCAGGGCCGAGAAGUGUCUGGCACUCGCUCGCACAGUGGGAUCAUCCCAGCAUGUCUACCAACUGUACCUCCUCCCACCUUGCAGCCAACACCUCGCCCAGAUGUGACGCCACCUCCCUUGGGUACUGUCUUGCUUUAUGCACAAGGACAACAGAUUGGCUCUCUGCCACUCAAUGGCACCCGAAUCAAUAAGGAGAAGGCUGCUGUGGUCCUGGCACUUCAUGGUUCCAUUGUUGUGGGCAUUGACUAUGACUGCAGAGAAAGGAUGGUGUACUGGACAGACGUCGCUGGGAGAACAAUCAGCAGAGCCAGUCUGCAGGUUGGGUCAGAGCCGGAGAUCAUUAUCAACUCGGGACUCCUAAGUCCAGAAGGGCUUGCUGUGGACCACGUGCGACGAAAAAUGUUCUGGGUGGACAGCGGUAUGGAUAAGAUUGAAACUGCCAGACUGGAUGGCACCGAGAGGCGUGUUCUGUUUGAUACUGACCUGGUCAAUCCCAGGGCCAUUGUGGUGGACUCCCACAGAGGGAACCUGUACUGGACGGACUGGAAUCGGGAAGCUCCAAAAAUUGAAACAUCCACUUUGGAUGGCGAGAACCGACGAGUACUGGUCAGCCGGGACAUUGGCCUACCCAACGCCUUAACCUUUGACCAUUUCCGAAAACAGAUUUGCUGGGCGGACGCAGGCACCAAGCGACUGGAAUGCAUUCUACCAGAUGGCUCAGGAAGACAUGCGAUUCACAGCAACCUGAAUUACCCCUUCGGUAUGACCGUCCACUCCAACCACUUCUAUUACACAGACUGGAGAAGAGAUGGUGUGAUAGCAGUCAGCAGAGAAGCCAGCCAGCUCACAGAUGAGUAUCUUCCUGAUCAAAGAUCUCACCUGUAUGGGAUCACAGUCGCCCUGCCACGCUGCUUUUACGGGAGAAAGUGAGGCAGACGCUGGAGGACAGAAGCAUGCACAGAGCUGAGUCUGCAGGAGCCAAGAAAGGGGGCAACGGACCGAAGAGGCCCCCACGGCCUAGCAGCACUGCAGACAUCAGCAAAGACCAGCAGACCCAAGGGGGCGUCUAACGAGAUACCAAGACACAAAUGAACUUUUCAAACACAACUUUUUUUGUAUUUUUUUUAAAAAUUUGUAAAUUACUUUUUUAUACCUCAUUUUACUACUGUAUUUUUUUUUUUUCCCUAAAAGACAAAAGGACCCCCCCAUUUAAAAUACUGCGGGGCUGUGUCACCUGAAAACAGCAAGCAGAAUCCACUCGAGUCGCUUGCACUGGAGCACAGGGAGACCAUCGACACGAGCGGACAGGGCAGACUGACAAACAGCCUGUGGAUGAACUGGGUUUCCUCAAAAUUUCUUCCUGCUUUUUCCCAGCAUUUUGUGUCGGAAUAUAUUUAUAACAUUAAAGAUGCAGUUCAGGGCUUGGA